UAAAAAGGAAUCCAAGUUGCAGAUUGUUUAUUUCCACCUCCUUGCUUUCUGAUUCUUCCCAACUGAGCCAUACAAUAUUAAAUUUAUAAUAAUAUAAGCAAUCUAGAAUAGAGAAGAGAGCAAGUUGCAUGUCCUGUUACAUCACGAGAGUCACGAUAUGUUUCAUUGGGGUUCCAAGUGAUCUCUACGAUUAUAAAUAAUUAAAACUGAUUUCAUUUGUUUUAUAUAUUCAAGUGGUUCUCAAACUUUAAGUCUUAUAUUUCUAUCCACAAAGUUUACAAACUUCAAAUUGUUGUAUUUUAUGCAUAUCUGUAAUACAAUAAUAAAAGUUCGCCACUACGUAAUAAUUAAGUUCCACAACUUUAAAUCAUGAUGACAUGGUACUUGAAAAAUGUAUGAUGGGUUGAGAACUAUGUUUAUAUCUUCUCAACGUAUUCAUAUCUUUUUAAAAUAUUCGUAUUCUACUUUUACAUAUUGCAAAACUAAGUUUGGACUUUAGUUUGAGAUUUCUUAGUUAUAUAAAAGUUAAAUCGAUAUUGUAAACAACACAAACAAACAGCUAGCGAAACGAAUACGUCAUUGCAAAGCACCGAUAUAAUGGAUACGUUGUAGCAUAUGUGGUUUCAUACUUUCAUUUACUGUUUCUUGUGGUCGUCUAAUAUCGACAAAUAUAGCAUAGCUUACAAAUCAUAAGAUGCAUACUUAAUGUGGCCGCGAAAGGUGUAAAAGUAUAAUGAAUGGGAAAAAAUUGGCAGUGCAAGUGGGAGUGGGGUAGAUGAAUGUGUUGCAAGUUGGGCAAAACAUAUUAAUUGUGAUUUGCAUUUAGUUUUGUUUUUUCAAAUAAAUUAUGCUUUUGGGAUCCUUCGCGCUACCGUUUCCUCUAUACAUUGAUUGGACCUCUCCCCAAGUUUCCUAUCGGUCAAGAGAAGGAAAACACGUAAGACCAUCGUUAAUUCCAGUUUUUUAAUUGAGAUUUUUAAUUUCAGUUGAAAGACGAUUCUUAAUUUUUUUUUUAUAUUUUAACUAAAAAAAAUUGAAAACCGUUUUUUAAAUAAAAAAUAUAAGAGUCGUCUUUUAGAUGAAAAUAUAAAAAAAAAACAGAAAAAAACAAAAAAAUAUCAAAUUAUAAGUUAAGAACUCCGGCUAAAAGACCGAAGUUAAUAUACCCUAACAAAAAAAAGAAUCGAAUAUGAAUAAAUUAAUAUAAUUCACAACGGUUUACCGAAGGAAUAUAAUUAACAAGUUGCAAAAAGAUCAGUACUUUCCAGCAUUUUACUAUACGGGUGAUGUUCUUAAAGCGAAACACCAAUAUGGACGUACGGCAUUGACACUAUUUCCGGGUCUGGGUUAAGGUGGGGGCUAUCAUCAUUCGCACUUAAUUCCCUUUUUAAUGUAGCUCUGAUACCAUUUUGGACGGUAUUUCUUUUUGAGAUAAAACAUAAAAAAAUGAGAGAAAACAUUAACAAAUGAUGUGUCAUUUUCAGAGAAAAAAAUGAGUUUAUAAAUAGUAUUGGCACAAAUCCGAGGAAACAAUAUUCACAGUCUCAUUUUCAUGUUAUACUUUUUAUUUAAAAAUUGAUCCUUAAACUUUUAUAGUUUCAUUUUGUAUCUAAAAAGAAUUGAUAUUUGUGUUUAUGCUUCAAAAUUAUUAAAACUUUCAUAAUACAAUUAUAAUUUUAUAUAAAUCAUUUUAUAUUCUUUUAGAAACUAAAUUUGUGUCUAUAAUGAAUAUAUAGUUAAAAUAAACAAUUUAUGGAUAAAUUUGUAUUUAAAAGUGAAAAAUGAGAAGACCAUUGAAGUAAAACACAAACUAUUUUAUUUGAUAUCAUUUAAGAGAAAAAAUGAUGCAAACCGUUGGAGAUGUCCUAAACAUUAUGUAGAAAUUCCUAAAGAAUAUUAAGAUUUUAAACCAAAAUUCCAAGAUUAUUCGUGACAGAAAAAAUAGAUUAUUUGUUUUGUUAGACUAUUUCCAAUGUACUUUUUUUUGUUUUUAUUCUAAAAUAGAGUACAUAACACUAUGAUUGAAUUUAAGUUUACACUAAAUGUAAAAUAGUUUUUUUCUAAAGUUAGAGUGAAAAUAAAAAAUGCUAUAUAUUUUUGUAUUUAUAGAAUAAACUAAUAAUCUGUAUUUUACAAGAUUAAAUAGAGAUGUAUUGGAGUAGAUUUACUUCUAAUAUUAUCUCUAACCUAUUUCAGUAUUAAAAAAAAUUCUAUUAUAAAAGUGAAUUUUUACUAUAAUGUUUGCCUGUAUAAUAGAUCCUGUAUAAUAGAUUUAUUAUAAUUUUAGUGAAAAUAUUAAAAAAAAUUAUUUUUGCUUCUAUACUUAAAGUUAAAAUUAGCAUUCAUCUAUAUUUCUUUCUAAAAAUAGAAUAACUCUAUUAUAAAUGCAUAUAUUAGUACAAAUCAACGACUAUAUUAAAAAUCUUCUAUUUUAGAUGAAAUAUAAAAACUAUAAAAAGGGUUGGAAAUUUUAUAAACCCCAUUGUCGAAAUAAAUAAAUAAAUAAAUAUAUAUAUAUAUAUAUAUAUAUAUAUGAAUUGAAGAUGCUCUUAGUUUCUAAAUGAGUCAUCCUUCCAUCUAUUUUUGAAUUUUACAUAUAAGCAGAAGUGAGAUCUUUUAUUUGUUAAUCAGUCAUUACAAUAUAUGUAUUAAGUUGAUCAUUUUCUAUAGUAUAUUUCUAAUUGUUUUCUUUUCUUUUUGAGAAACUACUUUAAAGCAUCCAGGGGAAGGAAAAAAGUGUAGAGCCGCAUAAUUUAAUCACAGAAACUAGUUAUUUUGUUUAAUAUGAAUGACAAUUAGUAUUGGUUUGAAAUGCUUUUUCCGUAUAUUUUGAUGAGUAGCUCAUGUUUGAAUUAAGAAUGUCGCUGGAAUAUUUAGGAGCGUAGGUUAGAAGUUUUUUUUCUUUUCUAGAGAAUAUGGUUAGAAGUUUAUUGUAGAUGUAUUGAUUCAGAAAAACAAUUUUGUUUAGAAAAAAAAGGCAAAACAAUUCAUAUAUGCAAUGGAUUGGAUCUUGAGGUAACUUGAAGACAACGAGUAUUACGUGGAAACGUCAACAACUUUACCUUAUCCUUACAUAUAUAAGAUAUGACCAUCUCUGACUAUAUUCUUGGAUUAUGAAAACAAAAAAAAAAGCAAACAAGCACACCAAACUGUCGUAAGAGCAUAUCCAAUAUAAAACUCCAUUUUUCUUCUAAAAUAGAGUAAAAAUAAAAAUGAAAUAAAAUUGAUCUAACCCUUCUUCAUUUUCUAUUUCAUAAUGGAGUGAUGAACAAACAAAAAAUAGAUUAUUCUAUUUAUGGAGUAAAUUUCAUUACGAAGUGAGAUAUGUAGUUGGGUUGGAGCAUUACUUACUCCAUAUUCACUUUUACUCUAUUUUGGAGAAAAAAAAUUGAGUAUAAAAUAAAAAUGCCCUAAGAAAUAGUACCAUAAAGUUUUUUUGGCACAUUUUUCUUGGUUAUCUAUUAAACUAUUUUCAACGUAUUUUGUUAAUUAUUUUUAAAUAGAACAUUUAUAUAAUAGAAAUAUAUUACACUCUAAUGCAUUCUUUUAAAGUAGCAUUCUCUUAAAUAUAUAGUAAAAAUUUGAGGAAUACCAGAGGAAAAACAGAAUUUUUUGUCUAGACAAAGAAAUAUAUAUAGAUGAUAGUAAAUUUGAUUUUAAAUGUUAUAGUACGGUGCAAUAGUUUGAAAAACUUAGAAACACCUUGUUUACAAAAAAAAAAAAAAACUUAGAAACACCCAUAUAAGAUGGCCAAGGGGCAGUCUCGUUAAUCUAUUUAUCGAUCACUUAAAUACCGAGGCAGAUGCAAACUAGAACAAAAAUGAAGUACCAUCUCAUUAAAAUAAUAAAAAUUUAACAGCUUAUUCUUGUUUGACCCACCAAUUGUGCUCGAUCAAAUGCUCCAUCCAAAAACUAUUUAUGAAAGAGUAAACUCGUUGACUACUCAUUUAUAUAAUGUGAAAGUUUUUCAUGACUUAACUGAAAACGACAAUAGGAAGAAUGACAAAACGCUGACUGGACUAAGGACAGGUGCGACCCGUAAGAGAAUUCAAAUGAACACUCGAGUCGUGAGUCUCGUGACAUGAAACAGACGGCUACAAUACAAAAGCUCUCUCCAUCUUUUGUAAGGACCGUUUAUACGCUUGCAAGUCCUAGAUAAAUAUGAACACCAAUUUAGUUAGUCUAAAAUUAUAAUCUUACUCUUUAUAGGCUUAAAAUAUAUACUAGAAUUAGCAACGCAUUGGGCUAGGGGCCAAUAGACCCCGUUCCAUUAUUGUAACUUAAUUUAGAAUCCUACUUGUGGAGAAGGACUGUUGAGAUUUUAGAGGACUUAACCGUCAUUAAAGUUAAUUUUUCUCCAAUCAGGCUUUUCUUAAAAUUUUGUGACUUAGGGUGCGAAUGGCUUUACGGCUUUAAAGGCUCUGUGAAAUUAAAAAGUCUCUAAAACUUCUUUUUUACCAACCGUGUUUUUUUUUAAAAAUUAAUCAGCCUAAAAUCUUUAAAGUCACAAUAAAUUUAUGUUCUCUUUUGUGUUGUUUUUCCUAAAGCUAACAUUACGUGACUUUUACAACUUUUUUUCUUCUUUUUAUUUUUUCUCAAAAAACAUAUUUUCUGCCUUUCAUACCUAAAUCUUUUAUGUAAGUUUGUAACAAUUUCAUUAAAACUUAAGAUUGACAAAUUGAUCAUUGUUUUUUUUCUUGUUCAUUUGAGAUCCAUAUUGUAGUAUUUUUACAAUCAUAUAUAUUUAAUUUUUUAAUAGUAGUAUAAUUUUACAUUUUAAAUAUUAUUCAAACUUCUACAAUUUUAACUACCAAAUUGAUUUUAAUAAGACUUAAACUAACAGCCAAAUUCUCUAUAUCUAUAAUUCUAAAGUCAAAAUCUAAAACAAUGGGAACCUUAAAGUCUUCACAGCCUCUUCUACCUUUUCAUGACUUUAGAGAACUGUGAAAAAUAGAACUAAACUCUUUUUCUUUUUAUUUUCCUAGAAAAAUUAAAGAGCAUGUCUACAUCAAUUUAUGUUCCAUAAAUAAAUUCAUUAGUACACAACUGCUCUCUAAUUUCUUUAGCUAAAUAUCCAUUUUUUUCAUUAAAAAAUAUAUUUGGUGAUGCUAGAGAGGGACGCAAAUUAAUUUCUUAAGUUUACUCAUAGCCCAAAACAACAAUCAAAUUGUUAAUGAGAUAUAUAACCCAAAACUUUUUCUUGAUAAAUUGAUUUUAAUAAUUUGCUCAAAAAGUUUAUUUUAAUAAAAAAUAUUGAUUAUCACAUGUAUGCAAUAAUUGCAAAUAUGUUAUUAUAUUUUUUCACAUAUAUAAAUUUAGCAUAAUUUUUUAAUAGUCAGAACUUCUAAUUUUUUUGAUACCAAUCAAACAUUUACAAAUACUUAAAGUGACACUAUAGUUUUUAAAACCAAAAUCUCUGCAUCCAAAAUUUUAAAGCCACAGACCUAAAGUGGAAGUCGUUAAUAAUAUUUUGGUUUUAGUUAAUAAAUUUUAAUCUUAUUUUAAAAAAAUUUAAAAAAUUGUUGAUUUCAAUUUUUAGUUAUACAAUCAAUAAAUAAAAUAUGUUGUUGAUAAAUUUUGAUUGAUUUCUUGUUUUAAACUACCCAAUAUAUUUUAUGAACUUGAAUAAAUAAAAAGUAGAUUGCAAUAAAUAUGUAAUAGAUUUUGAAAAUGAAUCAUAAUAUAUAUUUAUAAUAACAGUCACGACUUCUAAAACUUUUGAUGCCAAUCAAGCUUUUAAAUUUUUCUAAAGUAACAGUUAAAACCUUUAAAGCCAAAAUCUCUCUACAGCCAUAUAUAACUGUAAAGUCAAAGCAUAAAACUAAAGUCAUUACUAAUCAGGGACCCUAAAGCACAGUAACUUAGUAAGUAUGCGAAUUUAAAUCUCAAGCUCACUUUAAUUAAGCCUUCAAAGUUGUCUUGGAGAGUUGGCAAAGAAAUUUCCCCACUUUAAAAAUUAUUAUAUACAUCUGGAUGUUUUUCUUGGUAUUGAUUUUCUUGGGGACUUGACAAAGAAAUUUACCUACAUAUACAUCUGGAUGUUUUUCCUGGCAUUGAUUUUCUCGCAAGUGGGCAUUGCUUGAGAAACUACCAACACAAAUUUUAGAAUUAUACCAAGAAAAACAUCCAGAUAUGUAUAUAGGCAUAACUUACAGCUACUGAAAUUUGAUUGGCCACCAAACUACAAAAACACUUCAAGAAGGCUGAAGUUCAAAGGCAAGUUAGAGAUGGACACAUCAAUAUAACCUAAAACAAAACAUCAUAACUAUAACAUUAACAGCACACACCCAAUGGGAAAGCAACAACUGUUGAUGCUGGGAAUCAGGGCGAGCUUUCACACUCUCUCCGCCGUGCUUGUAGCCGGAGUAAUAUUCACUACUGUGUUUUUGUCCCGAAACGUUUUACCAAAGGAACAUCCUCAAAGCGACGGUGCUCCAAACGUCGAAGACGGUAGAGACUGUAAUUUGUUCGAAGGAAAAUGGGUAUUUGAUAAUGAGUCAAACCCUAUUUAUAAAGAAGAAGAGUGCAAGUUCAUGUCUGAUCAGCUGGCUUGUGAAAAGUUUGGAAGACAAGAUUCGAGUUACAAAUUCUGGAGGUGGCAACCUCACACGUGCAAUCUUCCCAGGUUUAAUGCGACGAAGUUGCUGGAGAGUCUAAGAAAUAAGAGGAUGGUGUACGUAGGAGACUCCUUGAACAGAGGCCAAUGGGUAUCCGUUGUGUGUAUGGCUAGUUCUGUCAUUAAAAACCCAAAGUUGAUGCAUAUGCACAACAAUGGCUCUAACCUCAUCAGCUUCAAAUCUCUAGAAUAUAAUGCUACAAUAGAUUUUUAUUGGGCUCCCUUGCUGGUGGAAUCCAACUCGGACGAUCCAACAAACCACAGGUUACCCGAACGGAUAGUUCGGAUCCAAUCGAUAGAGAGACAUGCGAGGCAUUGGACGGAAUCUGAUAUCAUUGUCUUAAACUCUUAUUUAUGGUGGAGGAUGCCUCAUAUCAAGACACUGUGGGGGUCGUUUGAGAAGUUAGAUGGAAUAUACAAAGAAGUGGAGAUGGUGAGAGUUUAUGAGAUGGCUUUGCAAACAUUAUCUCAGUGGUUAGAAGUUCACGUUAACUCCAACCGUACCAAACUUUUCUUCAUGUCCAUGUCUCCCACCCAUGAAAGGGCUGAAGAAUGGGGAGGCAAAACUAAUCAGAACUGUUACGGAGAAACAAGUUUAAUAGAUAAAGAAGGAUAUAAUGGAAGAGGGUCGGAUCCAAAGAUGAUGAGAGUUGUAGAAAAUGUACUUGACGGGCUAAAAAGGCGAGGACUGAACAUGCAUAUGAUAAACAUUACGCAACUAUCGGAGUAUAGAAAAGACGGUCACCCUUCGAUAUACAGAAAACAAUGGGAGCAGUUGAAGGAAGAUUUGGAUCCAAGUAGUUACUCAGAUUGUAUACAUUGGUGUUUGCCUGGAGUUCCUGAUGUCUGGAAUCACCUCCUUUAUGCUUAUAUUGUUGAUAACCACCACUCUACUUGAUAACUCUUCUUACAUCUUUUAUUUUCCUUUCUUAUACUCCA